UCAUUUCAGAAAAAGAAUGCAUGAAAAAAUUGUUUAGUGUGUGGAUUCGAACCUUGUAUACUAGUGACAUAAACCAAGAUCUGACCCGUAUCUUCUCAGGCUCUACAAUGCCUAAAAGAACGAAAGUCCGAGCUGCACCUGGGCCUGGAGCUAAGAAAGUAAAACCAAAUCCUGCCCCGUUUUCUAUAACCAAUGAUUUUCAGUUCAGUCCAGUCCCUGAACUGAUGAGAACAGCAACUGUUCUACAAACUCCUGAGAAAGCUUCAACUGACAAGAAGGAGUAUAGAGCUAUCCGGCUUAAGAAUGGCUUAACAGUUCUUCUUAUAUCCGACUGCACUUAUCCCUUAGAUAAACUUGACGAGGAGGAAGCUCUUCUUGCUGCAAAAGAAGAAACAGCUGCUAAAGGAGAACUCGAUGAUGAGGAGGAAGUAAGUUUAAUUUUUAAACAAUGUUGGCUAAAAGCAUUCUCCUGUUUGGUUUGGAUUGCGCAGAUCUAUGGAGGGAUCGCUGAGGGACAUCCCAUGUCUAAGUUUAUGUGGGGGAAUACUAAAUCUCUCUCUCCGGAGGGAAUGACCGAUGCAGAAAUGAGCAAAAGGUUACACAGUUUCCGUGACAGACACUAUUCUGCACAGUACAUGACCCUUGCAGUACAAAGUCAACACUCUCUAGACACAAUGCAGGAGUGGGUUGAACAGAUAUAUUCCUUGAUACCAAACAAUGGUCUAGAGCUGGAAUCAUUCAAACAUCUAGAUAAACCUUUUCUUAAUCCAAGAUACAACAAGCUAUACAGGAUACGACCUACUCAAGAUAUUUAUCAAAUAGAUCUAACCUGGUCCCUACCCUCUACCCUAGACAGAUACAGGAGUAAACCUCUUCACUAUUUGUCCUGGAUAAUUGGCCACGAAGGAAAAGGAAGUCUACUCUCAUUUCUCAGGUUAAGCCCCCAGGAACCAAACAGUCGAAUAUUUAAGGAAAUUCAAGAAAUAGAACGUUUAGACUACAUGUAUAAGGAAGAAAAGCAGCCGUGUGACAAUGUUGAAACUUUGUGUGAGAAUAUGCAGUUCUUUCCUGCUGAGAGAUUCCUGGAUGGUGACGAUCUUCUUUUUGAAUUUGAUCCUGAUUUCAUCAAACAGUGUACAGACGCACUUGUAGUGGAGAGUGUGAACAUAUUUGUGAAAACUUGUGAUAUAUCUGAAUCUGAGUUGGAUCAAGUUGAACCUUGGUUUAACACUAAAUAUUCGGAAUCUGAAAUUCCUUCGGCCUGGAUCCUCGCCUGCAAGGACCACGUUUACAGCUCUGAAUUUCAUCUUCCAGAGCCCAAUCUUUUUAUUGCAGAAGACCUUUCCAUCAGAUCUGCAGAUAUAGAAGGAUCUAUGUACCCUGUUCGUCUGGUAGAGGAUGAGUUAGGAGAACUGUUCUAUAAGAAAGAUGAAAGUUUUCUUCAGCCUCGAGCAUAUAUUCAAUAUCAUAUCAGAUCUCAUCUUCAGCUACAAUGUCUAGAGAACAGUAUAAUGCUGGAUCUGCUUGCUAACUGUGUCCUCCAGCUGAUGGUUGAAGAUGUGUAUCCCGCUGACCUGGCCCAGCUCAACUUUUCUUUGUAUGCUUCAGAAACAGGAUUGGUGAUCAAGGUUUCAGGACUAUCGGAUAAAUUACCAAGAUUGAUGGAAACAAUCCUUAAACAUUUAACAGCUAUGAGCGAUACCAUCCAGGAAUCCUUGUUUAACGCUGUAUUAGAACAACAGAGGAAGAAUUAUUAUAAUCAUUCUAUCAAACCUAGUAAAUUAGUUAGAGAUGUCAGACUUAUAUAA